UCGUGAAGAGUAUGUUUAAUCUGAGGCUACAGACAUCCACGGAGACCAGAGAAUGGACUUUGAGCCGAAACAGUCGCCAGAUGUGUAGUGAUGGUAUGCAUUGAACCGUAACGCUCUACAGCUCCACCCACUGCAGCGGGCACAACGCACAACACACAAGAUACGAGUACAACAUGGCGAACACCGGCGUUGUUGUAGCCCUCGUCCUCGCGGCGGCGGCGUUCGGGGGAAACUGGCUGUGGUCAAGACAGGCUCGGAAGGAGCAGAUUGAGAGACUGGUCAGCAGUGUCCGCGCUCCGGACCUCCUGAAGCAACACUCGAACGUCUUCAACAAGAAGGAGAUCAUCCAGGUAACGGGCAACGUCUACUCUGCAGUCGGCUUCGCCCUCGCCAACUCCAUCAUGAUCGUCGGCGACGAUGGCAUUAUCAUUGUCGACGUCACGGAGAGUGUGGUUGCGGGGACGGAGGUUCUCGCCGCCUUCAGGAACAUCACCAGCAAGCCUGUCAAAGCCAUCAUCUACACCCACAACCACGCGGACCACACGUACGGAUCAAGGGCGUUUAUUGAGAAGGAUAAGCCGAUGCCGGAGAUCUGGGCACAUCGUAGCAUCAUGGCCGAGUUCCAAACCUUCUUCUACUCCGCUCCGAUAGGUUUUCAACGAGCCAUGAGGCAGUUUGGGGUCCUCAUCCCCAGCCACAUCAACUCCGGUAUCGGGAUGAAGUUGAGAGUGGCAGAGGACAGACAACAAUUGGGUCUCAUCUUCCCUACCAAGAUGUUCGUGGGGAUAGAGAGAGACAUCACUGUGGCAGGCGUGAAGAUGAAGCUGGUCCACAUUCCCGGGGAGACUGCAGACCAGAUUGGAGUAUGGCUGCCGGACCAGAAGGUGUUCCUGUGCGCUGAUGACGUCUACCGCGCCUUCCCCAACCUGUACGCCAUCAGAGGGACGCCGUCUCGCAGCCUACUCGACUGGACAUCCUCACUGGACAAGAUCAUAGACCUUGAACCUCACUACCUCGUCCCGAGUCACACACGACCGCUAGAGGGCGCUCCUACCAUCAUGACACUGCUGACCACUUAUCGAGACGCCAUCCAGUUUGUUCAUGAUCAGACUGUCAGGUUCAUGAACAAAGGCUUACUGCCAGAUGAGAUUGCUGCAAAAGUCCGUCUUCCAGAACACCUAGCAACACAUCCUUAUCUCAUAGAACUGUAUGGCACCGUUGAGUGGUCCGUUAAAGGCGUCUUUAAUACAUACAUCGGUUGGUUCAGCGGUGAUCCGGUUGACCUUUCACCUUUGACCCCGGACGAAUUUGCCAAUAGGUAUAUAGAGCUGGGUGGCGGUGUUGAUAGAUGUGUCACCACAGCACAAGAAGCACUUGACAAAGGAGAUUACAGAUGGGCCUUGACCUUGGCAUCCCACGUAAUUAGAGUAGACCAAAAGAACACAAAUGCUCGUCAAAUUGCCUCCCUUUGUAUGGUGGCGCUGGGAAAUCAGCAAAUCAGCGCCAACGGCCGGAACUACUUCUUCACGUCGGCACUGGAAGUUCUUGGAGAACUAAAUACCAAAGGAAAUGAAGGAAACCGUAGACAUGGCUUCAUAAGGGCCGCUCCCAUGGCAACGUUGUUCAGUAUGAUGCGGGUUCGGUUUAUGCCGGAAACAUGUCCAAAUACGAACACAACUGUUUUGUUUGAGUUUACUGACUCUAAUACCUUUAUUUCCUUAACAGUACGAAACUCGAUCGCUGUUAUCCGCGACAGACCAUUAACAUCUUAUCAAAUCAAGGUCAAGACGACAGAGGCAGUGUGGCGCGAAAUAACGAUCAGCAAGAUGGCCGCCUUGACGUCAUAUGCAAGUGGGGAGAUUGAGAUCAAUGGUGGAAUCAUCCACUUCAGGAAUGUCAUGUCCUGCUUCGAAAAAGAUUAGGAAAGCCAUUUUUGAAUGAUGGCAAACAUGAGCAACCUUAUUCAACAUGGCCUUCAUCAACACCUGGUGUUGAGCAGGUGUUCCUGGUUCACAUGUGUCCGUGAUGUCAUUGCUUCAAUGACGUUAAACUGUGCAACAUAUUCCAAAGAAAACGAUUUAUGAAUGUUGAAAAUGUGCUGUAUGUGUGUUCAGAUGUGAAUUAAAAGGGAAAUAUUACAUUCAAAACGUUUCA